UUAGGCUCGGAUCGGGUAAUGGAGGACCGUCGUAGCUCGGGCAAUGAAACGGACGACAAGUCGGGUCAGAAUCUAAAGUACAAAGGCGUUAGAAAGAGAAAAUGGGGGAAAUGGGUGUCAGAAAUUCGGCUACCCAAUAGCCGUGACCGAAUUUGGUUGGGUUCUUAUGACAAACCCGAACAGGCGGCGCGUGCUUUCGACGCGGCUCAGUUCUGUCUGCGUGGUCCCCGCGCGAAGUUUAAUUUUCCUGACAGUCCACCGGAGAUUGAAGGUGGGGACCGACUUACGGCUCAGGAGAUUCAGGCCGCUGCUGCCAAGUUUGCGGGCGAGCACGGUGGAGACGGAGGAGGUGAUGGGUAUUGUAAUGAUGAAGCUGUGGCGGGGGAACAUUCUUGUGGGGCGGUUGAUGGCGGAGAAGGCGGCGGCGUUUGGCCGGUUUGGGACUUGUUGGACGGUGGUUCGGGAUUGGGGUUUGAUAAUAUUAUGGGUGGGAACGCAAUGAUUUGUGAUGAAGAUAUUAGUUUUGGGGUGGAAGAACAUAUGGAGGAGGAUGAGUUUGGUGAUGGUGGAGGCUAUUUUUAUCACGAGCCUAAUUUCCUAUGGAACUUUGAUGAUCAUUAACCCUAUAUUGCCCUUCAAACAAAUAAAA